UACUCUUCUGUUAAUAUCGUGUACUUGACACCGGUGGUAUCGUCACGUUGCGGACAAGUACCAACCCCUGGAUUCAACUACCUAAAUCAGAAAAAUAUGCCCUUAUGUUUAUUUUACUUUGGAUGGGUGUUACUAUAAAGGGUCACCCAGUCAAACCGAGCUGUGCUUAGUGGAUGAUUUCUUUUUUUUAUUCUUCCUGAAUAUUGCGCUAACUGAAUGGCGGGCUUGGAGAUGCCAACCAAAACACAUGGGGUUGGAGUCUUCUUAGAGCUGAGGAAAAGGCUUCAGAGUGGACUCCUUAUUGUCGGGAAAGAUGUAGCCAGAAGUCCUGCUGACGUGGUCGUGACAGGCAGCGAUUCAUCCCUCCACAUCCGGACUCCGCGAGGCGAGCUGAGCCUGACUUUACCGGCAGGAGUCACCUUGGAGCAGGGAUCCUGCAUUCCGACGCCUGCAGGAGAAUCUGGUGGAGAGGAGCUGCAUUACAGACUGCGCAUCAAUGUUGCACGAAGCUCAGAUGAAGAGGCUUCUGACAGCGUGAUGGAGACACUCCGGACAAAAGAGACUUAUUGCUUCUACUGCCAGGGCUGCAUGACCCGGCUGCUCGAGGACAGAGUCUUUAAGCGAGUCCUUCCUCUCCCUAAUGGCAACUGGAACGCCAUAGUGGACGACUGGUGUUGCCACCCAGACCCGUUUGCUAACAAGAAGUUGCUGCCCAGAGCAGAGGAUUGUUUAUUGGGCGACAGCUUCUUCCUUCUAGCCAGAGAUGACAGCUGCGAUCAGACUCUCACAGAGGGAGUGAGCCCUGUUGGUGCAGAGGACAGUCAAGAUCCAAAGAAACCCUGCCGCCGACUGGCACUCAUCUCCUGUAAGAGCUGUUCCUUAGCGCUGGGAGAGGCUGUUGCACCAGGGACCCUGAAGCUGUAUAUCACUCAGCUGUGGGUGGAGCCCGCAGUGGGAGACAGAAAGCCAGAAGCUUCUCUUAACAGAUCUCUCUUCUUGGAGAGGACAGUAGCGGCCAGGCUGUUGGAGCUCUCUAACUCACUGAGCACCUUCCACUUCUCUGUCCAAACUCCUGAUGGAAAAGCCUUCUUAUUGCUCUGGCUCCUGAACAGCGACUCCAUCAUAGCGUCGGUCCCGGAGACGUGUGUCGGAGGUGAGAGGUCUAUCAGCUCUACCGCUCUUCACAGUCCAUUGCCCAGAGCUGCCAGAGCCCUGAAACUCCUCUGCGUCGCCUGCUCCGACUCAGGCAUCCAGCAGAGAGCCAUUGUAACUAGUUGGGAGGUCAAUGCCAUUGGACAUCCUGUGGUGCUGCCGCUGAAGGUGUGUGAGGAGCUGCUGCAAGUGAUAGAUGACAGCAACUCUACACUUCCUGCGUCGAUGCGUUGCAUGAGGUCCUAUGAGGUGGCGUAUCUCAGACUCUGAGGUCAAAGGUCAGAAGCCAGGAGGUUAUGACUGAACUCAUCACUCUUGGUAGAGAAUUCAAGAGGACAGCUGAAUGUGAAUCCUCUGUGAACAUGUACAUGUGUUUGUAUAUGUUACAGUUACAUCCUGCAUAGAUUUCCAGUAAAAUAUGAGAAUGGAGAUUACAGCAGAAGAAAAUACAGCAAGGGUGAAAUAGCUUGAAUAGCAUUGUCUAGUUGUGGUUUCUGGUUUCUUCUGUCGACAUGUUUGUUAGUGCGUCAUCAACUGCAAACCGAUUCAUGUUGAGACAGGUUUUUGUCAGGUUGCCUAAUGUUAACACAUAUCCAGUAAAUGCAAACCUAGAAGAGAAUGACAACAUCAAAAUAGUUGAUCAUAGAAUAGAUAGUUGCAUCUCUUUCUACUUGUUUUCUACUUUUUAAUCUUAAUGUAUAAGUAUACCAAAGUGUAUCAUAAUGGUUGUAAAGCCGAUAUGUGUACAGUGUGUACUUGUGCAUUGCUAAACUUUAUGUUGUUUUUCCCUACCAUUGUCAACAAAAACAGAUUAAACUGUUGCAUUUUUUAAAGUA